AUGUGGGCGUGUGACCCAGCCCUAACUGCACAGAUCGUGAGCAGCUACCAGGUGGCUGGACCCGUCUUCGUAAACGCACUUCAGGCGUUCUUAGCAGCCCACUGCGCGUUAGUUGGCGACCAUUUGUGGCCUGAAGAUGCAACUCAAGUAGUUCUUGAAGAUCCUAAUUAUGACUUUAUCGUGAUCGGAGCCGGUUCAGCAGGGUCGGUGGUCGCAAAUCGCUUGAGUGAAGUUCCUCACUGGAAAGUAUUGCUAGUAGAAGCAGGCGAUAAUCCAUCUUUGACCACAGAGAUGCCGCAACUAUUCUACGCUAACAUGGGCACCAAAAAAGAUUGGAGUUAUCGGAACCAGCCUCAAGAAGGCUCUUGUCGUGGUUAUAAAAGCAAGUCAUGCGCUUGGCCGCGAGGUAAAUCCCUUGGAGGAAGUAGCAGCAUUAAUGCCAUGUUCUAUAUAAGAGGCAAUAAGCGUGACUACGACGAAUGGGCACAACAAGGCAACACUGGUUGGAGUUACAAAGAAGUAUUGCCCUAUUUUAUGAAAAGUGAAAACUUCACUGGUGUAUUAACUGACAAUACAAACAAAUAUCAUGCUACAGGAGGCUAUUUAAAUGUAGAACAAUCAGAACCGCAUCCUUUUGAAACCGUUAUGAUUAAGGCUGCUAAUGAACUAGGAUUAAAAUAUUUGGAUGUUAAUGGAGACUCUCAAAUGGGGGUAAUGUUGGCACAUAGCACGACUCUAAAUGGUGCUAGACAUAGUACUGCCAAGGCAUUUCUCAGCCCAAUUAAGGAUAGAAAGAAUUUGCAUGUUAUCAAAAACGCAUACGCUACCAAAAUUUUAUUUGAGCCUAACUCGAAUAAAGUGAAAGGCGUUAUUAUUAGUAAAGAUGGCAAAGAUAUAAUUAUCAAAGUGAAAAAGGAGAUAGUAUUAUCUGCGGGCGCUAUCAAUUCACCACAUUUAUUACUACUCUCAGGUAUUGGACCAAAGAAGCAUUUAGAAGAAUUAGACAUUCCAGUAGUAGCAGAUUUGCCUGUAGGAGAGAACCUACAAGAUCAUGUUUUUGUUCCUAUAUACUACAUUAAGGAAGGGGACAGAAAUUUAACAUCUUUACCUAAUAUCAUCGCUGCGUUUGCCCAGUAUGUUUUAGAAAAACGUGGCCCACUUUCAGAUACUAGCCCGCAUAGAGUUGUAUCAUUUGUAGAUACAAAGAAUCCAAAGUCGGAAAUCCCAGAUAUGCAAUACCAUUAUAUUAUUUUUCCACCCAAUAUAAACAACUUAUUAGAUGUGUAUAAAAAACACGAACUGUCUGAUGAAGUGAUCCAAAAGUUUCAUAAAAUGUGUGACAAUAAUUUUGUUCUGAAAGUAUACAAUUCAGUUUUGAAACCAAAAUCAAAAGGGAGAAUUCUUCUUCAAAGCAAAGAUCCCAGUGUUUAUCCUUUAAUUUACGCUAAUUAUUUUGAGGAUCCUGAAGAUUUAAAAACGAUUGUAAGAGCAAUAAAACAGCACAGUCUCAAGUUAGGUGAUACCAAACCAUUCAAAGAAGCUGAAUUUAAACUAAAAUGGCUUGAUUUAGAUGCUUGUAAGAAAUUCGACAAAACUACAGACGAAUUUCUCGAAUGUAUUUCAAGAGAAUUAACGUUUUCACUAUAUCAUCCUACAAGUACUGCGAAGAUGGGUCCAAUCGAUGAUGACACAGCUGUUGUAGAUCCAGAACUCAGAGUCAGAAAAAUAAAAGGUUUAAGAGUUAUUGAUGCAAGCAUAAUGCCUUCGAUAGUAAGGGGAAACACUAAUGCUCCUACCAUCAUGAUAGCAGAGAAAGGCGCUGAUAUGAUUAAAAAUACUUGGUUAGAUCAACAUAGUGAAUUGUAAUCUUAA